ACGAAAUGAGCUGGCUGCAAGUUGGUCAGAGGGUUUACGUAAUAGAGAGGGAGGCCAGACAUGCUGAGAAACUUCAUGAGUACUCGCACCUGUCGUGGGACUCAAUUUAUAACGUCAUGACCUUAGGCAGAAUCGGAAGCAUAACAGAUAUAUCGGACGAUUGGCAGACCGUCGUUGUUCGCUUUUAUCUCUGGUCUAGAAGUGACGAGUAUGGGAUUUACAGCGAGAGUCAGCUGAUGGCUGUCGAUGUUGCUUGGCAUGCUCAAGCACUUCGACCUUUGUAUAAAAUUCAUUUUGAAGUGGGGGACCAUGCCGUGCUUGAACAGGAGGACGACGGACAACUAGAGGUGCAUUUUGUAACAAUUCGAUCAGUGAUCAGCUCAAAUGGCGAUGAUCAGUUGUUCUGUUUGGAAGCGCCAGGGAAACAGACGCUUUUCUGGAGUCAAGAAGAUAGGGCGUCGGACGCUCUCCUGCCUAUUUAUACAGACAGCACAUUCGGCUGCCUCUCCCAAGUAUUUCGAGAAUAUAAUGAUCCUCCAGUGGAUACAUCAGCUUCACGUCUUCUGCAUGGCACUCUGUCAGCUACUGAGGGCAAUCAAAUGAUCGCAGCUAUCUCAAAUUGGAACAAAAGCGAUGGUGGCCCAUCCCAUUUUGCUAUGACUGCACAAAAUCAUUUCGAUCAGUUGAAUAGCGUAGCUGAAAAUGGCUGCACACCACUGAUGUGUGCCGUUAUCGAUGGGAACUGGACAGCUACGGUAGCACUACUAUCACUUGGUGCUCAACGAGAUGCAGCAGACGCUAACGGGAAUACGAUAUUGCACAUGGCAGCAGAAAGAGGCCAUGUGAUGAUUUUGGAAGGCUUGUUGAUGUUCCUCGGUAGCGAAGUGAACAGACCAAACUCGGAUGGCGAUACCCCUAUGCACCUGGCCGCUAGAGGACAGCAUGCUGCCUGUCUGGAUCGACUUUUGAAUACAAAUCACCUUCACAGCAAUAUACAGAACGCCAGCGGUGAUAGUCCAAUGCACAUCGUAUGUGCUCUACCCGAAUCACCAACAAAAAUCGCAAUGGUUGGACGAUUGCUGGCAAAUGCUAGGCUUAAUCUUCAUCUAUACAAUGAAGAUGAGCUUACUCCUGUUCAUAUUGCUAUAUCCAAGGAUUACUACAAAACUAUGGAACUGAUUAUGCAAUCGAGACCACAACAGCUUAACGCGGAUACCGGAAAUGGAUUUCCACCAUUAUUGUUGGCAGCUUUUUACGGGCGAAGAAGGUGUACAGAAUCACUGAUUGAGCUCAACGCGGAUGUCAAUCGUUUCUCAAAACUCGGCCGAACAGCGCUUCAUUUGGCCUUGGAAACAUGGCAAGGAUCCGUAGACAAGGAUAUGGACAGACUAGCUUGCGUGCAGGCCCUAGUUCAAGCCGGCUGCCCUCUAAACGCUCAAGAUUGUGACGGUCAGACUGCGCUACAUCUCCUAGUCAGGGAACUGAACCGUUUAACGCAAACUUCGCGUGAAUGUAACGUUGGCGAUCUGCCAAACAGUGUUUUCUUUACGAUAAACACCUGCAGUGAUCUGAUAAAUAUGAAUCUUCACGACAUCGCAAGUCGAGUGCGUCCACAUUGGCAGCUGGCUUGCCUCUGCUAUCUGGCUGCAUGUGGAGCAGACAUUACCUUAACUGAUAGACUUGGAGUAUCCGUUCUCGAUGGAUGUUUGGAUGAGCGAAUUCGCGAUUUGAUUACAGACAUUGCCGAGAAGAGGCCCAGGUCAUGCCUCCCUAUGACAAAAGCCACAUUCGUCGAGUUUGAUCCUUCUGGAGUCACUAUGUGCACAUUCAACUGUGAGGACUCUCAAGCUGACGUCUGCUUUGUCCCAUGUGGGCAUCGAGUCGUUUGCAAGGAAUGCGCAAGAAAUACUCCACUCAGAAGGUGUCCAUUGUGCUACCAGUUGAUUGCAAAAGCUAUCUCAGACGGUGUAGAAAUCCAGAUUGGAUCCGCAUUGCAGAAGAAUACUACCGUUUCUGAAGAAGAGCAACAUCAUAUCUUGGCUGAGGAAGAGAUUGAAAGAAUAACGGCAGCAGCAGCCAAGCAGGCGAAACUGGAUGCUGAGAAAGAAAAACUGCACGAGCUGGAAGAACUGCGCGAAAAGCUGGCCCAGUUAGAAAUGGAAACUUCAUGCACUAUAUGCAUGGAUGCAAGGCCUAGUAUCGUCUUCAAUUGCGGACAUACAGCAUGUUCGGAUUGCACUCCAUUGCUGAAGUCUUGCCAUAUCUGCCGUCAACCAAUCACCAAAAAACAAACGCUCUAUGCGUAGAUUCAAGUUUUUUUCCCAUUAUCUCUUGCAUCCAACAGUAUUUCUGGUCCAAGCGUUC